AUGAACUCAGAAAGAGACGGUCCCUCAGACAUUGAGGGACACAAGACUGAACAAGCUUUCCUCUUGAAUGAUACCGUACCCAGUUUCUCAUGGCAACAACUAAUUGUCACGGUCAAGGACCGCGAAACGAAAAAGGCAAAGGACCUCAUCUGCGAUGUGAACGGUAGUGUUGAAAAGGGAGAGCUCAUGGCCAUCAUGGGCCCAUCUGGCUGUGGAAAGACAACCUUGCUAAACCUCCUCGCUCGCCGCAACCCUACCUCGAGUGCCAAAGUUGCGGGGAAGACCCUGGUUGGUGGUUCCGACAUUGACACUGCAUCCUUUCAACACAUCAGUUCCUACGUUGAACAGGAGGACACCUUGAUCGGAUCUCUGACUGUGGAAGAAACACUCAAGUUUAGUGCAGAGCUCUCGCUUGCUGGGUCCACUUCCAGAGCCGAACGUAAUGAUAGGGUGCAGCUACUAUUGAAAGCUUUCGGUAUCCAGGAACAAGCAAAAACACUGAUCGGAACACCGAUCAGAAAGGGUAUUAGUGGAGGACAGAAACGUCGGCUUAGUGUGGCGAGCCAAUUGAUCACGUCACCAAAGAUUCUCUUCAUAGAUGAACCGACAAGUGGUCUAGAUUCUACUGCCAGUUAUGAGGUUAUCUCGUAUCUCAAGAAGCUUGCCCGCAGAAAUAAUCUCAUCGUCAUAGCCAGUAUCCAUCAGCCAUCCACUUCCACCUUUGAAUUGUUUGAUAAGCUGCUCCUACUCUCCAAAGGAAGAACAUGUUACCUUGGUCCCACCGCCGCAGCCCGAAACCACUUUGCCAACAUCGGUUAUCCCUUGCCAAUGAACGUCAACCCUGCGGAAUUCAUUCUUGAUAUUGUCAGUACAGACUUUUCGCGUGAUGAUGAAUCUGGUGCAUAUGGCGAAAAAAGAAACUCUAGUCAACCUACCCGAACGGCAAUUGAACGGCUUGAGUACAUUCAGAAAAGCUGGCAGGAAUCAAAACAAGCACAUAUCACGAACACACAAGUUAUGAAUACAUCUGACGAGAAGGACAAAUAUAGGCAGAUGAAGCAUAUCGCUGAAAGUGCUGCAAGUUCUCGGCCAGCUGUCUACAGAAUUGUGUUUGUAUUGCUUCAUCGCUCGUUUAUCAAGAGCAAUCGGGACGUCAUUGCGUACGGUAUUCGAAUUGCUAUGUAUCUCGGUCUCGCAAUCAUGAUGGGGACUGUAUGGCUACGACUACACGAGUCUCAGGAGUAUAUCCAACCUUUCAUCAACGCUAUCUUCUUCGGCUCAGCCUUCAUGUCCUUCAUGGCAGUCGCAUAUGUACCAGCAUACCUCGAAGACCGCUCGAUAUUCGUGAAGGAACGGGCAAACGGCUUAUACGGAGCAGCUCCCUUCAUUAUCGCAAACUUCUUGAUCGGUCUGCCUUAUCUAUUUUUGAUUUCGCUUCUUUUCUCGAUCGUUGCCUAUUGGCUCUCCAACUUCCAGCCAAGUGCCGUCGCGUUUUUUACUUGGGUUAUGUGGCUAUUCCUCGAUCUCGUCGCUGCAGAGUCGCUCGUCGUGCUCAUGUCAUCCAUCUUCCCAAUAUUUGUCAUCUCAUUAGCUCUAGUCGCCUUCGCGAAUGGUCUAUGGAUGAGUGUAGGUGGUUUUUUGGUCACACCGACGAUUCUGAAUCCAUUUUGGAAAUAUGUUUUCCAUUACAUUGACUACCAGGCAUAUGUCUUCCAAGGAAUGAUGGUCAACGAAUUCUCCCGCCGAAAUUACUCCUGCGGCUCGUCCUGCCAAUGCAUGUACCAAACCGACCUUGCAUCACAAUGCCAGAUUCGUGGCUCCGGCGUUCUAGAGCAAUACGGGUACGCCGAAGGUCGCACAGGGAAAUGGGUUGGUAUUCUCAUCGGAAUUAUUGCUGUUUACAGAUUGUUUGGUUGGAUUGCUUUAACUCUGAAGCGUACCUAG